UCCAAACUCACUGCCCACGCCCUUCACCGGCAAUUUCAGUCUUCACUCCAUGAAUUAUAUUCAUAUUUCAACUCUAAAUUAAAACCCUUUACACUUUCAAAUGGCAACAAAACUCAAUCUCAAUUUCAACCUCAAUCUCUCCAGCCUUCGCCUUUCUCGCCACUUGUUCGCUCCACUCUUCUCUCACUCCUCCCCAAGAACCCAUGUCCUUUCCUUCCGCCGCAAUCUCCGCCGUACCCCCAACUUCUACCGCCGUUUCUCCCUUGUCUCUGCCGCAGUUAAUUCGACCUCUUCAGAGUGGAAUAGUGAUGAGAGAUAUGAUGUAAUAGUGUUAGGGGGAGGGCAUGCUGGAUGUGAAGCAGCCCUUGCGUCAGCUCGUUUGGGUGCAAAAACUCUACUUCUUACGUUAAACAUUGAUCGAAUUGCGUGGCAGCCUUGCAAUCCAGCAGUAGGUGGACCUGCAAAGUCACAACUUGUACAUGAAGUGGAUGCGCUUGGUGGUGAAAUUGGGAAGGUUGCUGAUAGGUGCUAUUUGCAAAAACGUGUUCUCAACAUCUCAAGAGGACCUGCUGUUAGGGCAUUGCGUGCUCAAACUGACAAAAGAGAUUAUGCUGUGCAAAUGAAAAAUAUAGUGGAGAACACUACAAACCUUUCUAUUAGAGAGGCUAUGGUGACAGAUCUCUUACUAGGAAAGAAUGACAAUGUUGAAGGUGUUAGCACAUUUUUUGGGAUGAAUUUCUAUGCUUCUUCAGUUGUUCUCACCACUGGCACAUUUAUGAGUGGUAAAAUUUGGGUUGGUAGAACUUCUAUGCCUGCUGGUAGGGCCGGUGAGUCAGCUUCACAUGGACUGACUGAAAACUUGCAACAACUUGGAUUUGAAACUGAUAGAUUGAAAACUGGAACCCCGGCACGUGUGGAUUGUCGUACUGUUGAUUUUUCAGGACUUGAACCGCAGCAUGGAGAUGAAGAGGUCAGCUGGUUUAGUUUUGAUCCUGAUUAUCAUAUUGAAAGGGAACAAAUGUGCUGCUAUCUAACACGUACCACAAAAAGAACCCACCAGCUUAUUAAAGACAACUUGCAUGAGACUCCCACUUAUGGUGGAUGGGUUGAAGCAAAGGGACCUAGGUACUGCCCUUCCAUUGAAGAUAAGAUUGUUAGGUUUCAAGAUAAAGAGUCUCAUCAGAUUUUUCUCGAACCUGAAGGGCGUAAUGUGCCUGACCUCUAUGUGCAGGGGUUCUCAACUGGUCUACCUGAGAGACUACAGUUGCCACUCUUGAGAUCUUUGCCAGGACUUGAAAACUGCUUAAUGUUAAGGCCUGCGUAUGCCGUAGAAUACGAUUUCCUACCUGCUCAUCAAUGCUCAAGGUCUCUUAUGACAAAGAAAAUUGAGGGACUUUUCUUUUCUGGUCAGAUAAAUGGUACAACCGGCUAUGAAGAGGCUGCUGCGCAGGGCAUUAUUUCUGGUAUAAAUGCUGCUAGACAUUCAGAUGGAAAGUCUCUAGUUGUUCUAGAGAGGGAGAGCAGUUAUAUUGGGACUUUAAUUGACGAUCUGGUCACAAAGGACCUUCGAGAGCCUUACCGCAUGUUGACUAGCCGCUCCGAACACCGAUUACUUCUUCGAUCUGAUAAUGCCGAUAGCCGUCUAACACCUUUGGGGCGUGACAUUGGGUUGAUAGAUGAUAGACGCUGGAAUAUUUACGAGGAGAAGCAAGCUCGAAUUGUGGAGGAGAAAAAGCGAUUGAAAACUGUCAGGAUAUCAGGUGGAGAUUUGGCUGCUGAUGUUGCUCAAUUGUCUAGUCAGCCUGUUAAGGACUUGUCAACAUUGGAGGGCCUUUUGAAGAAACCACAUAUACAAUAUAAGGUUCUUGAUAAGCAUGGUUUCGGAAAUGAAAAGUUAACUAGAGAGGAUAAAGAAUGUGUAGAGAUAGAUAUAAAGUAUGAGGGCUUCAUUCUGCGACAGCAGCAACAACUCCAGCAGAUGGUCCAUCAACAACACAGACCACUUCCACAGGACUUGGAUUACUAUUCAAUGACAACUUUGUCUCUGGAAGCACGCGAGAAGCUUUCCAAGGUCAGGCCACAAACCAUUGGUCAAGCAAGUAGAGUGGGAGGAGUAAGCCCUGCUGACAUUACUGCUCUCCUUAUAAUCCUUGAAUCCAACCGGAGGAAAGCUCAUGAGCAAAGGAGGCAACAAAUACUAGCUUCUGUUAUGGCAGAUACAAAUCAGCCCUCUGAAGCCCCUUUGACAGAGACCAUCAGCUCAUGAGAUGUUCUCAUCUCCGAUGGCCAAUAUCUCACACUGUUAUUUUUUAUCCAGGCAGUCGAAAAAAUCCUCUUAUCUAUUUUUCGUAUUCAGGAACACUGUUAUCUUUGAUGCAGGCAGUCGAAAAAAAUCCUCUUAUCUAUUUUUCGUAUUCAGGAACAGAUGAAUGACUUUAGGAUCUGAUCUCUAACAGUCCUAGAACCUUCUGGAAAGUGAAUUUUUAAAGGCCAAGUUUUGGUGAUUGAACUCUGAGAGAUUUGAUACAUCAACGCUGCCAUUUACUCAGCGAAGAUCAAUUGAUCCUUGAUUUUGUUGCCCAACAAGGCAACAGUUUACCACACUACAAGUCCUCUUGAAGUUGAAGUGAAGCUGUUGAGAAUGAAUUCAGAUUGUCAAUAGCACAAGUGAAGUUGAGUGCAGUACAAGUCCUCUCUAUCAGAUCGAAUUGUGAUUAUUUAAGAAUAAUUUUUUAGGCUUUUUUCCAGCAUGAAAAGUUUUCAUUAAGUGUUCAUCAUCCAUGUAGCCAAUAUAAAUUUAUAUUAUUUGUACCCACUGUAAUUCAUAUAUGUAUUCAUGCCUUCCCAAAUUUAGAGUAAAAAAUUGAUA